ACAAAAACAAAGGAAAAAAGAAAAAAGAACAAAGAAAAACUACCGCUUUAAGUGUUCCUCUCUCUCUCUUUCUCUCAGGAGUGUAAGCAGAUUCUCUAGAAUUCCCACUAGCCAAAAAAAGUCCAGGAAUAUCACAUUCCUUUAAUCCUUUCUAUACCGGGAAAGAAAACCAGAAGAAAAAGCAAUAUAUAGGAGGAACUGGGCUGGCCUGUCUUAUUGGGUUUAAUUCUUGGUGGACUCACCGUGACUUGUUGCCAGUGAAAGAAACAACUCGGUUAGUGUUUCCAUCAUCACCAACAUUGCACAUUGAGGGACCCAGCAUAUCUGCAAUGGUUCAAGAUACUUCUAUCACCGAUUCACAUCAGAGACGGCCGGUUCUGUUAAAAGAUCAAGUGCGAUUGGUUAAGAGAAAGGACUGCGAUCGAUAUGAGAUUACUUCAAUUCAAGACCCUUUGUCAUUUGAGAAGGGUUUCUUUAUAGUAAUCCGUGCAUUCCAAUUGUUAGCCCAAAAGAAUGAGGGAAUAAUAUUGGUAGGCGUGGCAGGUCCUUCUGGGGCUGGAAAGACGGUGUUUACAGAAAAGAUACUCAGUUUUAUGCCAAGUGUUGCUGUUAUUUCAAUGGACAAUUACAAUGAUGCUAGUCGAGUUGUUGAUGGCAACUUUGAUGAUCCACGCUUGACAGACUUUGACACCUUGCUUCAGAAUAUCCAUGAUUUAAAAGCAGGGAAGGAGGUCCAGGUUCCAAUUUAUGAUUUCAAGUCUAGUUCCCGCACAGGAUACAGGACCCUCAAAGUGCCAAGCUCCCGUAUUGUCAUCAUUGAGGGCAUCUAUGCUUUGAGUGAAAGGUUGAGACCUCUACUGGACCUUCGUGUGUCUGUAACAGGUGGAGUUCACUUUGACCUUGUCAAACGGGUUUUACGAGAUAUACAACGUGCUGGACAAGAACCAGAAGAAAUAAUCCAGCAAAUAUCGGAAACGGUAUAUCCAAUGUACAAGGCCUUUAUUGAGCCAGAUCUCCAAACAGCACAUAUAAAAAUCACCAACAAGUUCAAUCCAUUUACUGGAUUUCAGACUCCUACUUAUAUAUUAAAGUCAGCAAGGAAGGUGACGGUGGACCAAGUCAAGGCUGUUUUCACUGAAAAUCAUACAGAUUCAAUGGAGCAGACUUAUGAUAUAUACCUUCUGCCACCUGGUGAAGAUCCAGAAUCUUGCCAAUCAUAUUUAAGGAUGCGGAAUAAAGAUGGAAAAUACAGUCUCAUGUUUGAGGAAUUGAUGACAGAUAAUCCAUUUCUCAUAUCACCAAGAAUAACUUUUGAGGUUAGCGUGCGUCUACUUGGUGGACUAAUGGCCUUGGGAUACACGAUAGCAGCUAUCCUUAAAAGAACCAGCCAUGUAUUCUCUGAUGGGAAGGUCAUUGUAAAAAUCGAUUGGCUAGAGCAACUAAAACGUCAGUAUGUUCAGGUGCAAGGAAAGGACCGGUUAGAUGUAAAAUUUGUUGCUGAGCAGCUGAGAUUGGAAGGUUCAUAUGUUCCUCGUACAUAUAUUGAACAAAUUCAAUUGGAAAAGCUUGUAAAUGAGGUCAUGGCCCUGCCAGAAGAUUUAAAGACGAAGCUCAGCCUAGAUGAGGAUCUGGUUUCAAGUCCCAAAGACGCACUUUCUAGAGCCUCUGCAGAUAGAAUCGCCAUGAGAAAUAAGCAUCUUAAGAGAGGUGUGUCACUUUCAUAUUCAAACCAGAGGGACAAGAAUCUGGCCAGACUUACUGGAUAUACUGCCAACAGUAGAAGGUAUGAUGACCGAAACUUGGAGUCCUCUGCAGCACUGGCGAGCGAGGGAGUCAUUACUCGGCUUUCGGAACAAAUUUCUUCAUUGAAUGAUAGAAUGGAUGAAUUUACAAAUCAUAUUGAAGAGCUCAAUUUCAAGUUAACCAUCAAGAAAAUUUCUCCUAGCCAACAAAAUAUGUCUAUUCAAGCUGACCCCAGCAAUGGCUCUGCUCCCACUUCGCAGUUCAUCUCUAGUUUAGGCAAUGGUUCGUUGAUUGGAUCCAUGAUGCCUAAUUCGUCAUCUUCCUCCCAGCUGGCUAAGGAGUCUCCUUUGAUGGAAGAGAUAUCAGGUAUUGCUCGGGGACAACGUCAAAUCAUGCAUCAGUUGGACAGCCUUAGCAAUCUUCUCCGUGAGAGUUCGAGUUCGGGAGAGAGGUCUCGCCAAGUAAGAAGUAACAGGAAAAGCAUUAUUAUGGCCAAGGUUGAACCCAUUGCCGUCCCCAUAAUGUUUUCAUUAGCAAUUGGUGGUUUAGGAAUCUUCUUGAUUAAGGGGUUCUUAACUCGAAGUUGAUUCCUCCACCCAGUAGGGUUAUACAGAAUUAGGAGAUUGUUUCAAAUUUUAUUUCAACUUUCCUGUGUUUCCCCUCCCCCGUCUUGUAAUAUUUACCCUUCUGCUCGGGAAUGCCAGUUGAUUUACCAAUGACUGAUAGUGCUUAGGCAUAUAGGAGGAGCUUUCGAGGUUCUCUUUGAGGGUUUUUCAAAGAAGGGUGCAGCGGUCAAUUUUGUGACUUUGGGGGCCUCUAUGGUCAUGUCAAUAAUUGUUUAUUUGCUUGUUAUGACAUUUUCAAACUUUAUAAUCUACAAGUUAAUUAAAUACUGAAUUUACAUGUGAA